AACAAACAUGGCGCCGCAAAAGUGAGGGAAAACUCCGCCGUGAGUGCUUUUCAACUCAAUUGCUUCAGUUGAGAGCGCUUGUUCUGUCGUGGUAAAUGACCAUCGGACUGCGCGUUGUCACUUAUGUACACUUUUAACAUUGUAGCCGAGCAGUAUGCCUCAGAGGAAACAUACUAACACAAACAGGGACAUUCACCCUGAAAGCCAGUUGUUGAACGAAGACACACAGGAAGAUGCAGCCAUUGAUGAUGGAGAGGAAAGGGUUGAGAGCUCAGCUUCACUUCUGGCUUCGUUAUCAGCCAGGGACAAGCAGCGAAAAGAGAGGAAAAACAAAAUCAAACCCAAAGAGAUGACAGAGGAGGAGAUGAUGGCUCUGGCUUUGCGACUAAGUGCACAGGAGGCCAACGUCAGUGCGCUCAGAGUGCAGCAGGAAGAAGAAGCCAUGAUGAAAGCCAUCAAGGAGAGCAUGUGUUCCCAGAGUCAGAGCAUGUUGACAGAAGCAGACACCUUGCUGACGUGCCACUCUCGGCACAGACGUUUAUUGUCGAACGGCGUGGCGGAGUCCAACAUCAACGUGACAGCGUCGGGGGAUUGCUGCACCACGGGGGCCAACCUGAGCCAAGGUAAAGGACAAAAUAACCGCAAUAAAAAGCAGAAAAGGAAGGAAGGCCCUACGCCCGAGUUGACGCAAACUCACCAAAUCUGCUCUCAGGCGUCACCGAGCAGCUCAGAGUCACAGCCUGCGCUUUUGGCCACACCUCAGAGUUGUGAUGUCACGCAGAUCGACAAGUCCCAGCACCAUGAAUCCCCCGUCUUUCCCAUGAGCACAGCCAGGGUCACUUUCACCCAGCUGAACCAGGGCCUUGUGGAGACAUGCAGGACCACCGGUUUUGUGUUGUGCUCUCAACUCAACCCCGAGCUCCGCAUGCCCGAGAGAGACGCUUUGGCGUGUCGCAAAAGUCCCCUCUUCUCCGAGUCGGAUCAGGGAGACGACACCGAAAUGCUGUGUCACGAGUAUCUAAAAAGUCCCGUGUUUGGCAGAGACACUCAGCAGGGCGGAUGUCAGGCGGGCGCCGGUGAAGCACAAGUCCACAGUCCAGAGAGACAAAACUCAGACUUCACUUUCUCCUCUCAAGAGAGUUUAAGCCCAUCUACGAGGCUCACAUCCUGUCCUCCCAAAAGCCCCGUGUUCCCGAGGAGUCCCGCUCCCUCAAAGCACCAUGCUUCCUCCAAGAACUCUCAGUCAUUCUCAGAAAGCCCUGUCUUCCUGGAGACAGAUGGGGAGCACGUCCUCUCAACAAACCGGGGAGCUGCGGAGGAGCUAAGCGACAUUUCCAAAGGCACCCUGGAAGCGGAGCUAACCAGUGACAUGACGCUACAGUGGUCUGAAGAAGAUGAGGAAGAGACGCUGGUGAGCUCACCCAGUCCGAUUUUCCCAGAGGAGGGGUAUUUUCCUCCAUCGGAAGGUCAAGCAGGCAGUCAGAAACAGGUAGCUGGAGAUGAAGCAACCCCAGAGACAAACACUUCAAGCUGCAGCCUGAGCACUCAGAAGUCUGUGUCCACCCAGGCAACGGUUCACUACUAUUGGGGCGUUCCCUUCUGUCCAAGAGGUCUGGAUGCAGACGCCUACACACAGGUGAUCCUGGCGCAGAUGGAGGUGUAUGAGAAGAGCUUGAAAAACGCUCAGAGGAGUCUGCUGAGGAAGGCUGAGUGGGGAGACGCCAUCAUUCCACAGACAGAGAAAAUCCCUUCAGCUGAAUCAUCUCAACGACACAAAGUUCCUCGCAGACGUGGUCUCAGACUGCGGGACAAAAAGCUCAGUGACAGAGUUUUGGUUGAGCCUGAAGAAGAGGAGGAGGAGGAGGAGGAGCAGGAGGAAAAGCAGCAGCAGCAGCAGCAGCAGGAGGAGGAGGAGGAAAAAGAGCUAGAGGAUGAUGAGACUGACUGUGGAGAGGGAGAUCAGCUGGAUACUGAUGACUGUGUGGUUUGUCCUGAGACCCAACUGAGUGAUGAGGAUCUAACAGAUCUAUCUAAGCCAAACAGCCCUGAAUGUUGUGGAAUGGUGAAGAGAGGUGCUGAUGUAGCAGUUGACGAGGAGGAGAUGGAAGUCUCAACAAAGGGAGAUGAGCAGGCAAACCACCUUGCCGGAAGAAACCCCACCCCUGCCAAUGAGGAGGAGGAAGAGCAGACGUCGGACGGAGGCCGUCAAAGGUCGCCUUCACCUGAGCUGGAUCCGGUCAGCACCCCGCAGACGAGCCCCAAAGCCAACGUGGAGUGUCCCAUUUGCCAGGGAACUUUCCCCGUGGGCAAGAUUGAAAUGCAUGCGGCGUACUGCGACAUCGAGGAAGGGGCGGCCGCCGUGGACGAGAACAGGCCUGCGACUGAAUAUUUGCAAGUGUCCUUGAAGCCUAGAAAGAAGAGGAAAAGGAGGGCAGCAGAGGAGGAGGGCGACGCCUGCAGCACGGGCAAAAUUCAGGAGAAAUGUUACAUCUGUCAGAAAGCCAUGCCCCUGCGAGAAUUCAGCACGCACACAGAGCUGUGCAUCCGACGUCAGGCCACAAAGGCCCCCAUGAAAGGAAAUUUGUUGGCGGCUCUGGAGCACAUAGAAAGCAGGGAUUCAGCUGGUCCUUCCAGGUGUAAACUUGAGCAACGUGACAUCAUUGAUCUGAGAGACGAUGAAGAGGAGGGGGGACGAGUGUCCACUUUGGGGAUCAGCAACUCGCCCAUCAAAUCCUUCACUCCCAUCUCGGAGGCCACAGACUGUCUUAUCGACUUCAAGCGACAGAAUCGACUGAAGAAGCCGAGCCAUAAACGAAGGUGAAGAGCGGCCUUUAACGAUGACAGCGGGGAGUCUCAGAAACCUCUCGAUGCCUUCUGACUGAUCUCAGUCUUCUUAAUGAACAUUUAUGCAAGAACUUGAAUGUAAUGUUGAGACUCUUGCAAAUGAAGAGGAACCAUCAUUCUGUUUGUCUCGGUCUGUAUAUUUAUGAUAUUCAUGCCUUUUCGGCUACGUCUACAUGAACUGAAACAUUCCCUUCUUUUUUUCUUCUUUACAUAAUGUCCAUAAAACACACAUCACUGAUAAAAUGCUGGGCUAACAACUGACAGCGCAGCACUUGUGUUGACUUAAAUACAACAACGCAUAGAAUUAAGUGCAUUUCUGUUGUUUUCCUCUCGAGAUUAGUGCUCCAGAAAACAUACUGUGGUCGAAUGGUGGCAUCUUGCAAAGAUGUCCUGACAUCUUGUGCUGAAUUGUGAUCAAAGCAUGUCAGCAUUGCACAUUAGGACACUAAAAUACAGAAAGAUUUAAACAUAUUACAGACUAUACGACAAGCUAACACUUGGAAUCAGUAAAUAUGUUUUCCUGGAAU